GUAUGCUCGUGUUAUUUGUGAUUCAGGAGGCGGCCAGUGCGUCGCUCCUUAAAGUAGUUUUGUUAUUUAUUGAUUAAUUAAUUAAAAAGGUGACCAAAGAUGGCCGGCCGCGACCCAGCCACCGACCAACUGGUCAACUUUAGGAAAUCUCUUAAGGAGUCACCAGGCACCAUCACGACCAAGGCGGGCGCUCCGAUCGGCGUGAAGACAGGCCUGCAGACGGUCGGCCCGCGCGGCCCGGCGCUUCUACAGGACGUCAACUUCCUCGACGAGAUAUCCUCCUUCGACCGCGAGAGGAUCCCCGAACGAGUGGUCCACGCGAAGGGAGCUGGCGCCUUCGGAUACUUCGAAGUGACCCACGACAUCACCAAGUAUUCUGCUGCUAAACUAUUCGAGAAAGUCGGCAAGAGGACCCCGAUUGCUGUUAGAUUCUCGACGGUGGGCGGAGAGAGCGGGUCAGCUGACUCUGUCCGCGAUCCCAGAGGGUUCGCCAUCAAGUUCUACACCGACGAUGGGAACUGGGAUUUAGUAGGCAACAACACUCCCAUCUUCUUCAUCAGGGACCCCACUCUGUUCCCCAGCUUCAUCCACACGCAGAAGCGCAACCCCGCCACGCAUCUAAAGGACCCUGACAUGUUCUGGGACUUUUUGACUUUGAGACCCGAGGGCAUCCACCAGCUCAUGUUCCACUUCGCCGACAGGGGGAUCCCUGACGGCUACAGGCACAUGAACGGCUACGGCUCUCACACCUUCAAGUUCGUCAACGCCCAAGGAGAGUUCUACUGGGUGAAGUUCCACUCCAAGACCAACCAGGGCAUCAAAAACCUGCCGGCUGACAAGGCCAAUGAGCUGGCAGCGACUGACCCGGAUUACAGCAUCAGGGAUCUGUACAACGCCAUCGCUCGCGGUGACAACCCUACGUGGAACUUCCACGUCCAGAUCAUGACUGCCGCUCAGGCUGAGAGCUGCAACUUCAACCCCUUCGACUUGACCAAGAUCUGGCCUCAGGCGGAAUACCCUUUGAUUCCUGUUGGAAAGUUGGUUCUCAACAGGAACCCCAAGAACUACUUCGCCGAGGUUGAGCAGAUCGCGUUCAACCCUGCUAACCUGGUGCCUGGCAUCGAGCCCUCCCCUGACAAGGUGCUGCAGGGUCGUCUGUUCGCGUACGGAGACACUCAUCGCCACCGCCUGGGCGCCAACUUCCUGCAAAUCCCUGUCAACUGCCCGUACCAAGUACGAGUUGCCAACUAUAUGCGCGAUGGACCUCAGAACAUCACCAACAACCAGGAAGGCUGUCCUAACUACUUCCCCAACUCAUUCUCUGGACCUCAAGAGUGCCCGAGGGCGCAGAGACUGCAGCCCAGCUACAACAUCAACGCUGCUAUCGACAGAUACGACAGCGGACAGACUGAAGACAACUUCUCUCAAGCGACUCUCUUUUACACUAAGGUGUUGGAUGCAGAGGCCAAGAAGCGUCUGGUGGCGAAUGCCGUGGCUCAUUUGAAGGACGCCGCUGGCUUCCUUCAGGAGAGGGCCAUCAAGAUGUUCGGUAAUGUGCACCCCGACCUCGGCCAACAGAUCGCCGCUGCCCUGGCUCCUUACAAGAAGUACCACUCUAACUUGUAAAUAAUUCGACAAAUUUAACGAUAGCAUGCUCUGAGCAGUGAUGGUAAUAUUGUGAUUAUUUAUGUAUUUUGACUGAUAUAUGGAUAUUAUGGUUUUAUAUGAUUUUAUGUUUAUGUUAAGUUUAAGGAAAUAAAGUAAUUAUGUAAUUGUA